AUGGACUUGAAGCUGCUGGAAUCGGUGAUGCGGGCCUUCUGCCCGCAGACCAACAAGGGCCACUUCAACGUGCCCGAGGGCUACAGCUUCCGCGGGGCCGUGUUCGACCUCGACGGGGUGGUGACCCAGACGUCCCACCUCCACGAGGAGGCCUGGAAGCAGCUCUUCGACGAAUUCCUCCACAAGAAGAAGAACGAGAGCCAGGCCCGAGGCGGCGACCCAACAGACACGAAGCAGAAGACGAAGAAGGAAGAAGACGUGAAGGAGGAUGCCGAGGAGGGCUUCGGCGGGAAGUUGAGCGAGGGAUCGAAGGAGAAGGCAGAGAGUAGCCACAACGGCCGCCACGUCCAAUUCGCAGAGCAGCAAGAGAGCGAGGCCAAGGCCGAGAGCAGCAGAGACAAGGAGGGAAAGCCCAAACGCGACGGCGAAGAUAAAGAAGAGGAGGAGGAGACGGUCGCCGCCGACGGCGAUCCCUACCGUCCCUUCAGCGAGCAGGACUACCUCACCUACGUCGAUGGCCGUCCACGCCUUGACGGUAUCGCCAACUUCCUGAAGUCGCGUGACAUCAAGCUGCCGCAAGGCGACGCCAAGGAUGAUGAGGACAUGGAGACAGUGAGCGGGCUUGGCAACCGCAAGAAUCGAUUCUUCAACGCUCUCAUGAAGGAGAAGGGCGUCGUCGUAUACAAGGCCACCGUAGAGCUCAUCAAGGAGUUGAAGCGCAUGGGCGUGAAGAUCGGCGCCGCUUCGUCUUCCAAGAACUGUCGCCCCAUCCUGGUCACCGCCGAGAUCGAGUCGUUGUUCUCGGUGGUGAUCGAUGGCGUGGUGUCGGAGAGCCUCGGACUCAAGGGCAAGCCGGCGCCGGACAUCUUCACCAAGUGCGCCGAGAUGCUGGGCGUGCACCCGCGAGAGAGCAUCAUGGUCGAGGACGCCACCAGCGGCGUCCAGGCCGGCAAGGCCGGAGAUUUCGGUCUCGUCGUCGGCAUCGAUCGGGCCAAGGGCAGGAACCGACAGCCGCUGCUGUCGGCCGGUGCGGACGUGGUGCUGGACGACUUUUCCCAGAUCACGUCGUGGCAUCUCAACGAUUUCUUCCUCCCCAAUGACGCCGGCUAUGUCCUUCAGUUCGACAACUACGAACCCAAGCAAGAGCGCCUCCGUGAGGCUCUUUGUACGCUCGGCAACGGUUAUUUUGCGACGCGAGGAUGCCUGGACGAGGCGCGAGCCGACGCUGACGAGCACUACCCGGGCACCUACAUGGCCCGGGGCUGGAACCGCGAGGUCAGCAAAGUCGAAGGCCGCGACGUCGCCAACGAGGACUUGGUCAACCUGCCCAACUGGAUCCACGUCACCUUUCGGCCCGACGGCAAGGACUGGUUCUCGUGGAACCGCGAUGCCAAGGGAAACCUGCCCUUCGAGCUGCUGCACUACGAUACGCGGUUGGACACGCACAACGGCCUGCUGGUGCGGCGGUACCGCGUGAAGGACGACGAGGGCCGGAUCACUAUGAUCAUGACCCAUAGGGUGGUGCACAUGAAGAAGCCGCACCUGGGCCUGGUCAAGUACACCCUCAUUCCCGAGAACUGGGGCGGAAAGAUCGACAUCGCUUCAGAGAUUGACGGCAGUGUGCGGAACACCGGAGUGCCUCGCUACUUAGGUCUGCACGAUAAACACUUGCGCGUGCUCGAGAAGGGCAAGUUCCCGCUCUCCACCAACGCAGAUGAAAAGGACCAGGGCGUCUACAUCGUCACCCGCUUCACCAAGGCGUCGUGCGAGGUGGCAAUGGCUGCGCGAACGCGGGUCUACCGAGGCACCAACUCCAACCCCCUUGACAACCCUGUCAUUGGUAUGCCCUACCCAACUCUGUUCUUGUUCUGCAAACUCAGGAUUGUAAACUGGAUCAACAAUUGA